CUGCAGCUGCGCAGUUUCUGCGCACUAAGUGCCUUGGCAGUGUGUACACCUCAGGAGUUACACCGCAGAAAGCUGCUUUACUUCGCAGAAACUUGUCAGUGUAGACAAGGGCUUUGUUUGGAACAGAGUCAUAUGAAGGUGAAUGAGCAAUUGUUUUUGAGCAGACACAUUCAAGUUGUUUUGAUUCUAGACACAUCCAAGUAUCCAACUAUAUUUGUUAAAAAGAUGACUUAAAAGAGAAAGAUGAGGAGGAAAUGAGUAGUAAAUAGAGAAUGGUAGUUAGUCAUAUUCAUCAGAAGUCCAAGUGCAGGUCUUCGUGAUAAAUAACCACAAACACAUUUACAAUGCUUGUGCUGUCAUUUGAAACUAGGGAUAAAUAUAAUUUUACUUGAUAUAGCACUUUUAAAUCAAUUUCUUUUCUCUGCUGAUUUGUAAACCCUUGCUUGGAAUGAAUAAUGUAUUACAUUUUAUGUUACAAUUGAGGGCAAGAAAAUUGUGAGUUGUGGACUAUCCCAUUCCCCUUCCUAGGCGUGCUAUGGAGUAGACAGAUACAGAGCACGAUAAAGGGGUAGUUGCUUGAGAAUCAAGCAGGUAUUUCACAAUGCUUCAUUUUACUUUUAAGUAAAUGUUUUGGUUUAGUUUGACUUGUUGUCCAUUGAAGAGAAAGGGCAAUAAUUCAUAUUGUAAAUCUCAGCAAGAGACGCUGCUGUGUUUAAUUACACUAGUUAUCAAAAUUAUAAACAGCAUAAACUACUUCUUCAGCAUAAGAACUGGAUUUUUAACAUUAAUACGAUAUCCCAGCAUGUUCUUAAAAUGUUACAUUUUCAAGAACUAUUCUUAAGGCAAUAGAGGUAGCUAAAAUUUGAAAAACAGACCCAAUUUUUUAGAAGAAUUUAUUUUCAAGUAGCCGUAACUGAAAAUAUUGACGACACAAAAUGACCUUAUGAAAACAAAUUGUUUUCUAACUGAAAAUAACCUUGUUUGAAAGAAACAAAAGCAGUAUAAUUCACAGUUUCAUCCAGUGGUUUUCAACCUGGGGUCUGCUGACUAUGUCUAAGAUUUCCAAAGUGGUCCCACACCUCCUUUUGAAAUUUUUUAGGGGGCCGCAAAUGAAAAAUGGUUGAAAACCAAGAUCUAGGCACAAGAGGUCAACACUAAGGCCCCUUUUGUAGUGGUCAUGGAAAUCAUGUUGCUCUGUCUAACAAGAGCCAUAUUUAAACAUGGUUCAUGAGAAAUGUGCUAACAUGUUUUUCUUGGCCAAUGUAGAUAGGACCUAUGUAAGAAAAGUAUUGUUUAUAAAGACACAAUGACUGUCUUCUGAACUACUGUAGCAGGAGCUUGUGUGUACUCAUGAGUCUUCUAUUCAUUUUCAAUGUAGACUGAUAAGACCAACUAAAUCAAAGCAGAUUUUUCUAAGAGACUAUUGGGACUAUUUACAUGUUUACAUUGGGACUAUUUACAUGUUUAAAGUGAAGCAUGUCCCUAAGUGUAUUGUUCCUAAAUGGGGGCCUCAGUGCCUUUGUGAGGAGGCUUUUGGGCCAUGUUGUUCUGACAAAGUUUUCUGUGGGGUGAUUUGCUUUUAUUGUAUCUCAUGGAGUCUCUCCUAAUUCUGGUGUGUCUGUGCUUGUGAAGGCUUUUAAUGUUGGCUGUAUCACUGAUAACUAAGCCUAUUAUCCCAUUAACACUUUCAUACAGGCUUAACUUUAAGCAUGUGAGUGGGCCCAUUGACUUUAUUAAAGUCAGUAAGAUCACUCAUUUGCUUAAAAUUAGGCAUAUGCUUAAGUGCUUUGCUGGAUCAAGGUUGGAGUGCUGAGCACUUUGCAAGAUCAAAUUGGUAUAGCAAAGUAAGUGGAAAGGAGCAAAAAUGGUAUUUAUGUUUUAAGUAUGUAAUGUGAUGCAAGUCCAUUUAUAGGGUGCUUGUCAUCACAGAGCACUGUAACAAGUGAGUAUCUGAUUAUAAAAUUCUGUUUACAACAUCUGCUAUAAACUUGUUGUUUUGUAUGGGAAGAUUCAUCUCAAAUUAUUAAAGGAAUAAUUGGCUAAACAGUCAUGGAUUAUGGUCGUUAUUUUUCCUGAUAUUUAGGCCAGUGAUGAUUUAUUUUUCAAGAGUAAUAAUCAAUUUUUCAGUCUUCCAUUAAUUACACCAAAAAAUUUGUACAUCUUCAUAGCUCAACAUUCUAAAAGAUAAAUUCCCAGCAAGUGUGAGAGGUCAUUAAGGCUUGUUAAACCUAUCUUCAAACAAGACUCACCAAAAUCAUAAUUUUAGCUAUUUUUGGCCUGUAUAUCCCAAAUAUUUCUCUGGCCCUUGCUACUGCAGUCUCUGAGAACUUUUAACAUCUUUAUCCUCAUGACAUUUUUGUGAGGUAGGGAAGUACUAUUAUCCCUAUUUACAGAAGGUGAACUGAGGCACAGGGAGACUAAUCAACUUGCCUAAGAUCACACAGGAUGUCUGUGGCACAGCAGGGAACUGAUCCUGGGUGUCCCAGGUUGUAGGCUAACACUCUCACCACUGGGCCAUCCUUCCUUAUGUAUAUUAUAAAUACUUUACUUUGGUGGGGUUAUAACAAUUUUAACUAAAGAACAUAUAUAUAAAAUAUAUUGUAAUUUUAUAGAAGUAACAGAACAGUUUCCAUUGUCUCCAGAGUACUCUAGACUGACCAGAUUAAUAGCAUGGGACAUGUAUUAAAAAUAAAUGUAUUUUGACACUGACUUCUUCUGAGGGAACUCCUUUGAGCCUGAAUAAGGACUGCAGGGAUGGGCCUAUGCUCAGGAGUAUGCUGCUAACAUUAAAAUGUAGCCAGACAUUUUAUUUUAAGAAAUUGCAUUUAAAAGAUGGAAGAGUUUCUAUUAAAGGCUUUGUGUAUAAGUGAUACUUACAACAUUUUGAAAGUAUUUUUUUAAAUAACAAGACAUAUAACUAAUGUGAUACUAAGAAACCAGUGGCGUAACAAUUAUAAAACCUAUGGUAUUUCUCUGUAAUUGGAAGAACAUUUGUGGUUUAUAGUACAGAAGUAAUGUCUCAUUUGUUGAAAAAGUGACUGUGCAUUUGGGCCCUAUAUUCUCCUACCCAAGGAUUAGUAGAUUUCUUUUUGCACUUAAACUACAUUCUAUCUAUGCUUGCUCUUUUUGUAUUAAAGUUUCAUCCACAUUACAAGUUUAAUCAUGUGUUAGCACAUUGUUUGCCAUGGUUACAUACAUAUGUAUUCCGACACUGAUUUUUGAGAACAUAGCAAUUGCCAUAUUGAAUCAGAUCAGUUGUCCAUCAAGUCUAAUAUCCUGUCUUUGACAGUUUCUAGCACUAGAUAUUUCAGAACAAGAGUAAGAAGUCCACAGCAGGGAGUUAUGGGAUAAAAUACCUCCUAAAAGUUUCCUUCUGCUCCCCAAUAGUUAGAGGUUGGUUUAAGCCCUGCUAUAUGAGGCUUUAUAUCCCUCCUGAAAUUAAUGAUUUUUUUUUUAAUAUUUACUGUGGAGGUUCUUGUUAGUCAUAUAUAUGUUUAUACCCUUUUGACUCCUCAGAUCUUGGACCCAAAGAUACACUGUGAUAAUGAGUUCCACAGGCUGAUUGUGCAUUGUGUAAAAAAGUGUUUCCUUUUAUCCGUUUUGACUUUGAAACUUUUCAUUGAAUUUGCCUUUGUUCUUGUGUUAUUAAUAGAUUCCAGGCCAGAAGGAACUAUUGUGAUCAUCUAAUCUGACUUCCUGUAUAAAACAUGCCAUAGAACUUCCCUGAAAAAAUUCCUAGAGUGUAUCUUUUAGGAAAAAUCAAGUCUUGAUUUAAAAACUGCACACGAUGGAGAAUCCACCUCGACCUUUGUUUAUCAAUAACGUCUUGAAUUGUGGAUGACAGAACUGGACACGGUAUUCCAGCAGCACUCACACAAGUGCCAACUACAGAGAGUCACUGCUUCCCAGGAUAGAGUCCCCCACUGUACUGUCGGAAUCAUCAGAUAUCUUUCAUAUAAAUGUGUACAGGGCCAGCUGCACAACAGUAACACUGUGCUAUGCUUCGAGAUGUCAUGGGAAAAACCUUUCGACUUCUGGGGUAUACCAUUCAAUAUGGCUGCAUAGCACACUGUGCCUUUGAGUACCUUGGAGGAAUUGUUGUGUGUUCUGGACCUUCAAUGGAACCAACAAUUCAAAAUUCUGACAUUGUCUUUUCGGAGAAUCUUAGCCGCCAUUUUUAUUGCAUUCAGAAAGGUGAUAUUGUAAUUGCAAAAAGCCCAAAUGACCCCAAAUCAAAUAUCUGUAAAAGAGUAAUUGGCUUGGAAGGAGACAAAGUCUGUAUAAGCAGUCCUUCAGAUUUCCGUAAGAGUCACAGUUACGUGCCUAAAGGGCAUGUUUGGUUAGAAGGAGAUAAUCUCAGGAAUUCUACAGAUUCCAGGUGUUAUGGACCUGUUCCUUAUGGACUGAUAAGAGGACGCAUUUGCUUCAAGAUAUGGCCUCUGAAUGAUUUGGGAUUUCUGCGUGCAAGUCCCAACAGUCACAGAUUUUUGGAUGAUUAAGAGAACUAAUAAGUGAAUUCUGCCAGUUUACUUAACUGUCUUACAAUGCUUUAAUAGCUUUUUUUACUGAGUGAAUGAAACAAUGUGUUUGUAUUUACAAAAAAUUAAACAUUGUGACUAAGAUAUCAAA